AUGCUCUAUCGCGAAGUUCGCCAAAAGAGCGUCGAAUCUCCGGUCCGUUCUUCCACAAGUCCAAUCGCUAGACGACCACCGAGAAUUGCUUCGGCCCACUUCGAAAGUGACAAUGAGCUUGUCGAUGGAGCCGUAGAGGAUGCCGUCAGAGGUGGACCAAACAGAGAUCAACGAGACUCGAACCCGAUAGAGGUCAAGGUAGGUCGUCCAUUUGGUUCCACGGACCAAGUGCUACUGGCGGCCAGACGUGAAAGUGAAGAUCGAGAUGAGCUGUCAAAGAGCCAGCAAGGUGCCCACGCAUCGAAAGGACUCUACGGCGAGAGCACCUUGGGCCCUCGACCGUCAUUACCUCCACCUCUCGUCUUCUCUGUGCCUCCUCCUGGGGCCUCAACAAAACGCCUAAUUCGCUGCUCCCGUCGCCGAUUUGCAUAA